AUGGCUGGUCCCUGCAGCCACCAAGUUGGAGAUGUCCACGAACUUGAGGGAGGUAGUUUUGAGAGCCAGAUCAGCGUCGGACUGAACAGAACCCUCAUCAGUCCUCAGACGGAUACCUAUCACUACAAAGCUUACUUGGAGACCUUGGUGAAUUACACCAGAGAUGACGGAGACCAUUCUGAAACCCCAAGGGUGGUUCAAUAUGGUCAAUGUACCGGGCACCGACAUACUGGACAACGCCAAUUAAGUGAAUCUGGCCCAUGCCAAAUUCAGAGACCCGACGCCAGAUCAACAAGCUUAUGUCCGUCAAAUCAGAGCAUCUUUUGCUUUGUGCCACACAGAAAAGUGUUUAAUCUCAGCAAACUGUUGAUACCCAGUGUACAGAUCGGUAUCCAGAUGUACUUUAACCCACCGGUUCUGUGGUCUAUGAGAUACAAGGGUGCCAAGGCCUUUCGGUUGAAUGCUGAAGACAUCAAAUCAAACUGUAUCUGUCAAGUGAGACUCGAUCCCUCUGUGUGCAGGGAAUUGAUGACUGAGAUGAACAGAAAGAACAUUGUGACCAACCCGAUGGUGAGAAGUGAGAUACGAACUUUCAAUAUCACACAGAACACGCUACGCUGUGAGAUCAGUAACCCUUUCCAGAACAGACUACCCAACAUGGUAGUGGUGGGACUGGCGAUCUCUACGGCCUUCAACGGUGCCAUCGGCGAGUAUCCUUACACCUUCCAGCAGUUUAAUCUGACUAGCAUCAAACAGGUGGUGAGGGGAGAAACCUAUCCCUACAAGUCUUUAGGACUGCUGGGGAACAAUGGUAGCAAAGAUGCUAGAGGUUACAGACAAUUUUUACAAGCCACAGGAUGUCUGAUUAAGAGCCAAGGAAACAUAGUGAAAGCAGAGGAUUGGGGGAAUGGAAAAGGCUGCACCCUGUUUGUAUUUGAGAAUGUGGCCAUUGUCUUUGGUGAAUUCGAACAUUUCUUAGAGAUCAACAGUAACAAGACAGUACAGUAUGACGUGUGUCAACUCUGA